GGUUUGACAACAUCAGCAUGAGUUUCGUUACUAAGGCUUCCUGCCUAAAGAAGUAUCAAUUAGCUUCAAUCAAAAGAACUUUCGCAACAACUUCCGUCCAAUCUCAGAAAAAAUUAAACAAAUAUUCCUCCAUUGUCACCAAUGAUCCUUCUCAAGGUGCAUCCCAAGCUAUGCUUUAUGCCACUGGGUUCAGUGAUGAAGAUUUUGACAGGGCACAAAUUGGAGUUGGUUCCGUGUGGUGGAGUGGUAACCCAUGUAAUAUGCAUCUUAUGGACUUGAACAACAAGUGUACUGCCUCCGUCAACAAGGCUGGAUUAAAGGCCAUGCAAUUCAAUUCCAUCGGGGUUUCUGAUGGUAUUACUAAUGGUACUGAAGGUAUGAGAUAUUCUUUACAAUCUCGUGAAAUCAUUGCCGAUUCGUUUGAAACUAUGAUUAUGGCUCAAUUGUAUGAUGGUAAUGUUGCUAUUCCUUCUUGUGACAAGAACAUGCCUGGUACUUUGAUGGCCAUGGGUAGACACAAUAGACCUUCCAUUAUGGUAUAUGGUGGUACGAUUUUACCAGGUUCUCCAACAUGUGGAACUUCUAACCCUGCUGUCGCUGACAAGAUUGAUAUUAUCAGUGCCUUCCAAUCUUAUGGUCAAUACUUAUCCAACACCAUCACCAACGAAGAAAGAGUUGACAUUGUGAAACAUGCCUGUCCUGGUCCUGGUGCUUGUGGUGGUAUGUAUACCGCCAACACCAUGGCUUCAGCUGCUGAAGUUAUGGGUAUGACCUUACCUUACUCCUCAUCAGCUCCUGCUGUUUCCAAGGAAAAAGAAUAUGAAUGUUCUAUUGUUGGUGAUGCCAUCAAGAACUUGUUACAAUUGGACUUGAAACCAAGAGAUAUCUUGACCAAGAAAUCAUUUGAAAAUGCUAUUGCUUAUAUCAUUGCCACUGGUGGGUCCACUAAUGCUGUUUUGCACAUCAUUGCCAUUGCUUCUAGUGUUGAUAUUGAAAUAACCGUGGAUGAUUUCCAAAGAAUUUCCGACAAUACUCCAUUGUUAGCCGAUUUCAAACCAAGUGGUAAAUAUGUCAUGGCCGAUUUACAAAAAUACGGUGGUACUCCAUCCGUGAUGAAAUUCUUGAUGAAGGAAGGUUUCAUUGAUGGUGAACAAUUGACCGUCACUGGUAAGACUAUUAAGGAAAACUUGGAAAAAGUUAACGAUUUACCAGUUGAACAAGAUAUCAUAAGACCUAUUUCCAACCCUUUGAAGCCAAGUGGUCAUUUACAAAUCUUGAAAGGUACUUUAGCUCCAGGAUCUGCUGUUGGUAAGAUCACAGGUAAGGAAGGUACUUACUUCAAGGGUAAAGCUAGAGUUUUUGACGAUGAACACGCAUUCAUUACUGCAUUGGAAAAGGGAGAAAUCAAAAAGGGUGAAAAGACUGUCUGUGUUAUCAGAUACGAAGGUCCAAAGGGUGGCCCAGGUAUGCCAGAAAUGUUAAAACCUUCUUCUGCGUUGAUGGGUUAUGGUUUAGGUAAAGAUGUUGCAUUAUUAACCGAUGGUAGAUUCUCUGGUGGUUCUCACGGUUUCUUAAUUGGUCAUAUUGUUCCAGAAGCUGCUGAAGGUGGUCCAAUUGCCUUAGUUAACGAUGGUGAUGAAAUUGUUAUUGAUGCUGAAAACAACAAAAUCGACUUGUUGGUUGAUGAAGAAAUCUUGGCUGAAAGAAGAAAGCAAUGGACUGCUCCUGAACCAAGAUACAAGAGAGGAACUUUGGCUAAAUACGCCAAGUUAGUCAGUGAUGCCUCCAAGGGUUGUGUUACUGAUCUAGUAUAAUCAUUCCAAAAGACAAAUUCAAUUCAAUUCUAGUUUAAAUUAACAUUGUAUAUAUCCGUUGAAUGGAUUUAAUGUGAAAGUUUUCUUACAAAGAACGAUGUAGUGGUUAAAUGUCUAUUAAAAAUAUAUAAAGACAAGCUAAGAAUAUAGUUUAUAAAGUAGUUCACCAUAAGAAUUACUUCAUUCUAACUGUAUAAUCUUCACCAGAUUGAGUAAUAUAUCUGACCCAAGGAUAGGAUUGAUAUUGUAAUUUAGGUUCAUUAAUUCUUAAAUAUCUCACUUGAAUUCCACUAGUGGUAAAAUAAGGAAUUGAAAAAUUGACUUUUAUAGGUUUAUUGUUGGCAAUCGCCUUUUCUGAGUCAACCACAGCUGGUAAUCCUAAUUCUGCCGACAUGGUAAAUUGUUUACCACCUGGGAAAGUCUUUAAUUUCCAUACAAGACAAGAUUUUUCUGGGAUCCACUUAACCGAACCAUACUCUGGGUUGAAUUUUGGUGUAUCGGCAUCUUCUGGGAUUGGUAUAAUUACUUCAACAUUAUUUGCAGUUGAUUUUUUCUUUAUUUGUGCCUUUAUAGAACACACAAUUUCAAUUCUGGAAUGCUUAUGCACCUUCAUUCGACAAUUGACCAAUAGUAAGGGCUUCAUGAGAAAUUGUGCACUUGAUAAUCUAUAACUCAUUAAUGUAAAUUCUCCAUCUGGUGGUAUGAAUGUGAUAAUCUUUUCAUUUUCAAAUUUGGAUAAUCUAACACAUUGAUGGAACUUGAUAUCUUCCAUUUCAAUACCUUUACCACUGGUAUCCCCUUCUGAUGUGAAUAUCCCCUUAUCGUUAAGUCCUAACCUUAAGUCGGGCAUACCACUCAAAUGUGACUUAAUUUUGACUUCUCCCAAGAUUUCACUAUUUAAUACUUGUCCAUUGGCAUUUAUUAACAUGUUGAUAGAUUCAAUAACAUCCAAGAAUGCUUCAUUCUUCUUGUAGAAAAUACCAUCUUUUCUCCAACUGACAGCGUUUGUCACCGCAUUUGGUGGUGUUAAUAAAUGUUGAGGUGAAGAUUUGAUCAAGGAAUAGUAGUCUUGAGUAAUGUAUUCUUUCAAUAUCUUUGUGUCUGUUAUUUGUGGUAUACCAAAAUCCAUCAUUUCAUCCAAUAAUUCAUAUAUGAUGACAAAAUUAUCACGAAUACUUUCUUCUUCCAAGGACUUGAAAUAUUGAGUCAUGACUUCAACCAACUUGGAUAAAAACAUAAUAAUUGCCAUAAUGUUUUCAUUCUUGCGCGUCAAUGCACAAAUAUAUAAAUUAUUAUGAUUUAUGAACACAUAAUUGAUUCCUUGGUUGUUUAUGAAUGGCUUGUAUUCACCUUCCUCUAUAGAAUUUUCCAAUUCCAAAAGCAAUAAAGGGAACUUCUCAAUUGUAUUACUGGGGAUAUCACCCUUAUAAUCACGCGAGAGCAAUGAUUUGCCCUUGAUAUCAAGAAAAUGAAUUUGUGAUGCCAUACCAAAGAUAUAUGGAUAAGAUCUGGAUCGGAAUGAAU